AUGGUACGAGCGUACUGGUCCAGUCUAUUGGUGGGCCUCGGUUCACUCCUGACUUUGACUAAUGCGCAAAGUUGUUGGCGCAACACUUCAUGUUCCGGUCCUACAGACAGUGCUUUCAGCGGAGCUUGGGAGAAGAAUAUAUAUGCGCCGUCGUCGCGAACAGUCAGACCUGUGUCAACUCUCUCUGACUUGAAAAGAAAUGCCAGGACCACUUCAUCCCAUCCAGCAACCGCAACAUUGCAGGGCAAUGGCUCUUUGGUGGUGUUCGAUUUCGGCAAAGAAGUCGGAGGCAUCGUCCACUUGGAGUAUAGUUCCAGCGGAAGUGGGGCACUAGGACUCGCAUUCAGUGAAGCCAAAAACUGGAUCGGAGAGUGGUCGGACUCUUCGAAUAGUCUGUACCAUGAUGGUGCCUUGUAUGCAAAUUUCAGUUCACCUGGAAAGCACUCCUACGACAUGCCUGAUCGGUAUUUGCGUGGAGGAUUCCGGUACUUGACCGUCUUCUUGAACACCAAUGGCUCUGUGGACGUGGAGCUGAGCGAUUUGAGUGUUGAGCUGGACUUCCAACCGACUUGGUCCAAUCUUCGCGCGUAUCAAGGUUACUUCCACUGCAGUGAUGAGCUGUUGAAUCGUAUCUGGUACAGUGGCGCCUACACACUGCAAAGCAAUCAAGUGCCGGUUGAUACUGGACGAAUCACCAGUGGGCUGAAGUCCGGAUGGUUGAACAAUGGAACUCUUGGACCAGGCGAUACGAUCAUUGUCGAUGGUGCGAAAAGAGACCGCGCUGUCUGGCCUGGCGAUAUGGGCAUCGCGGUCCCGUCAACGUUUGUGAGCUUAGGAGAUCUUGACAGCGUGAAGUAUGCUCUUCAAAUUAUGUACGACACACAGGACAAGUCAACAGGUGCUUUUGCCGAAUCUGGACCCCCACUUAGCCAAACAGGCUCUGAUACCUACCAUAUGUGGUCCAUGAUUGGCACUUACAAUUACGUGCUUUAUACCAACAACACCGACUUCCUCCAGGAGAAUUGGGACGGUUAUCUUCAUGCCAUGAACUAUAUCUAUGGCAAGGUGACAUAUCCGAGUGGUCUCCUCAACGUGACAGGUAUCCGCGAUUGGGCCCGCUGGCAGCAGGGAUACAACAAUACCGAGGCCCAGAUGAUACUAUACCAUACUCUGCGAACUGGUGCAACUCUUGCGUCGUGGGCCGAGGACUCAACAAACCUCUCGGAUACUUGGAAUUCAAGAGCAGAAAAGCUCAAGACUGCCAUCAACACCUACUGCUGGGAUGAAUCGUAUGGCGCCUUCAAGGACAACGCAACCGACACAACGCUCCACCCUCAAGAUGCAAACAGCAUGGCAAUUCUCUUCAACGUUGUAGACUCCGUACGCGCAGCUAGCAUUUCCGAUAAACUCACCGAAAACUGGACACCGAUUGGAGCUGUGGCGCCUGAGCUACCAGACAAUAUCGCCUCUUUCAUCUCAUCUUUUGAGAUCCAAAGUCAUUUUGUCGUCCAGAAGCCUGACCGGGCACUGGACCUUAUCCGCCGUAGCUGGGGCUGGUAUAUCAACAACCCCAACGGUACAGAGAGUACCGUUAUUGAAGGGUAUCUUGCAAACGGAACCUUUGGAUACCGCAGCAGCCGAGGGUAUGGCUACGAUGCUUCCUACGUUUCCCAUUCGCACGGAUGGUCAUCUGGUCCGACUUCUGCAUUGACCGAGUAUAUUGUCGGUCUCUCGGUCAGCUCCCCGCUUGGUAUGACAUGGUCUAUCUCGCCGCAGUUUGCGGAUCUGGAUUUUGCUCAAGCAGGCUUUGUGACCGACCUUGGGAAGUUCCAGGCUUCUUGGACGAAGAAGUCGGAUCACUACACCCUGGACUUUACUGUUCCUGGUGGCACUCUGGGGAAUCUUACUCUACCAUAUAUUACUGCGUCGAAGAAACCGUCAAUCACAAUCGAUGGGGACCGGGUGACGAGGGACGUGGUCUAUGCGGAUGAUACGGCGAUACUUGGUGUGUAUGGGGGCUCUUACAAAGUGGUAGUUCGUUGA